AUAUGGGUGAGCGCGGUGGAUGAUCGGUUCCUAACCAGCUCCUUUUUCGACGUGGCAAAGGAGGUCAGCCUCCCGGAUCGGAUCUUGAGCCAGGAAGCGACCGGCCCACGGCAGGCCCUCGAGCUGAUAUGGCGCCGGUGUUGCCUAAGUCAGUUCGAAGAAUGGCUAGUGCAGCUGGAUAUAACGCUGCAGGAACAGAUCGAGCAGAUUCCAUCCGCACAGAUUCCACCCACACAGAGUUCGACGCCCUCUCCACCGCCGACCGAGCAGAUUCCACCCACGCAGCGCUCGACGCCCUCUCCAUCGCCGACCGAGCAGAUUCCACCCACGCAGCGCUCGACGCCCUCUCCAUCGCCGACCGAGCCGAUUCCAUCCACACAGAUCCCACCCACACAGAGUUCGACGCCCUCUCCGC